GGGCACUACGUUUGUUGUAGGAAUCAUUCACUUCCUACUCCGACUGGUCGAAUCAAUAAACCGUAUCAGCGACAGUCGAGCAGAAAAAGGAGAGAAAACGGAACUUCUCCCGCUGACACAGCAUCAACAUGUUUUCAGUCUCCUGGGAACUCAGAUGAAGGAGUGGAGUGGAGAGGAGCAUGCAGCUGUAAACAGUGACAUUGCUGGACUGAGUCCUCUUGUUUCAAACACCAAGCAGCGAACAUGGUGCAUGUUUACAACUGCCAUCCUUUUGCCUCCCAGCAGAUUGUGCAGGUGGGGCAGGAGCCUGGACUGGUCUGCUGUGGAGGCGGAGCUCUGUUUGUGGUUGCGACUGGAGGAUGCAAGGUGGAGUCCUACAGUCUGGAGCGAGAAGGCUGCCCUCUCAUCUGCCGCUUUGCCACCAUGGGCACUGUGAAGAGCAUUCAGCAUAGCAAGAUAGGGGAUUACCUGGUGACCAUUGAGGAAAAGAACAGCGCCACCUACCUGCGAGCCUACACCAACUGGAGAUAUCAGGCAGAGGAGAAGUCUCGCGUCGGGGUGCGUUUGUUGGGCCAUCUUCUGCGUGGGGCGUCUGUGGGGGGUGGAGUUCAGAUGGAGAUCAUUGAGAUCCCGCUGUCAGAGCGUCCUGUUGCUGUGGCCUGCUGCCCCAUAACAGGUGACCUUCUGGUGGGCUGCGAGAACACCCUGGUUCUGUUUACGCUGAAGACCCAGAACCAGCAGAACCUGAGUCAGCAGAACCUGCAAAGCUCCUGGUCCAGCACUCAGCAGAACUCCAGUCAAGGUCAGACUUCAAGUCAGCAUCUUUCCAUCCUGGAUUUUGAACGUUGCGUCAUCUUUCAUCUUCCAAAGAUGACUCCCAAACAGGUGGCGCUGUGUGGAGGCUAUGUGGCUGUGCAAGCAGAGCUGGAGGUUCUGGUACUAAAACUGGAAACUGUGUCUGAACUUAAAACCCUGGAAGAAUCAUCGGACACCAACAAGAGUGCAGAUUGCGUCGACGAACAAAUCGACUUUCUUCUCAUUCCAAGACACCAGGAGUUGCUCGGCGAUCGAGCCAAAGACUGCGACCUUCCUGUCAGCAUUGAAAAGACCGGGCUGGAGGACAGGCGGCAGUACUCCCUGUCUUACGUCCUCUUCAGACGUUUUUCUCCUGAGUUCUUCCAAGGCUGCAGCGUGGAGGAGACGCAGCUUCACUCCCUGCAGCUCUACCCGCUGUACACCAGUAACCAGUCGGUGUCGGCGGACGACCCGGCCUGUAUGUUCUGUUUCUUCUCUCUCCCCACCGCCGGCUACCUCUACAGCCUGAAGGGCGGCGUCGAGCCGCUCUCAACCUAUCAGUAUCCAGAGAAGGUGCUGGAGGCGGUGCUGACCGACCAUCUGCUGCACGUCAUAACCAAGAGUGCACUGCAGUGCUUCACCGUUCGCUGUGCAGCAGUCGCAGCCAGGAUUGAAGACCCCUACAUUGACACAACCAUGAGGGCGUGUCCGCCCGGCAACCUGGAGGUGUGUGCGCUCAGGAUGCAGUUGUUCAUCGGCCUGCGGUCGGUGUGCGUCUAUGGCCGCCACGUUAUCCUGCUGUCCACUGCUGACACAGAGGUGCCAGACGAGCCAGAGCGCAGCACACAGCGGAGAGGCCUCGAUAUGAAAGAGCACAACACGCUGACUGGUAUUUUCCUUGCGGUGGGAAUCGAUCCCGCCACAUCGCCAGCUCUGGAGAGUCUUCUGUCGCGCCCCUUCCUGGGCAGGAAGUGGACGAUGUCCUCUGCCAAAGAAACCAGUCCAGCGGGACACGGCUGGAACAUCUAUGUGGUGGACACGGUGUCCCCCUUCACGCUCUACCAGGAGAUGGAUGAAUACAGUCAGCGCUACGUAGAGACCAACCCGCAGGCCCAAAGCCACCGCCACCUCCUCAGUGAAGCCCACCUCCUCCUGCGAGCCUCCUUAGUUCAGAUGUCCAGACAGCAACAGGACCGCGGAGGGGAAGCCGCCGCGCCGCCGCAGAGGGACGCCGACGGACCGCCAGAUAAUGAUUGUUCUGCGGAGACGACCAGACAAGAACUGGAUGAAGCGUUCAGGCACAACUGCGCCCUGCUGGGAGACAGUUUCAGCAGGGGCAGUCAGAAGGAUUGCCACCUGGCUCUGCCGUACUACCGGAUGUCCGGCCUGUCCAUCACAGAGAUCAUGUCCAGGAACCGGCCACAUCCAAGCAGUCCUCAUUCCUUCGGCCCCGGCUUCCUGUUUUAUCUGAAGCACUUCCUGUUGGAAGAAACUGACCAGACUCUCAGUCAGGAAGCGGCCGAUGAGAUCGUCCACAUUUUCAGCCAAUCAGAGCCCUCGAUGCUGGUCAGCGUGUGCGCCAGCCCCGCCAUGUCCCACGUCAGCCCCGACCGGACGCUGCAGAUCUUGCAGCGCCUGGAGGACACGGCCAGCGUGUCGGUGCCCAUGACCAUCGCCAUGGCGACCAUGGUGCUGCGCCUGGACGACCUGCCGCAGUACACACAGCUGAUGGAGAGACACGCUGAGAUGAUGCUCGUGUACGGCUUCAUCGAGGAGCCGAGGCUGCUCCUGCACGGCGGAGGAGGUGGCCACAACACACACGUCCGUCCCACAGCUUUGUCCCGGCAGCUGGCGAGCUCCCAGCCGGGCCUGCUGGUGGCUGCCAUGGUCGCUUUACACGAGAACAACAAAGUUCAGCUGGAGCAGGCGGAUCACCUGUUCAAGGAGCUGAGCUGUGCGAACAGCUUGCAGGUGGAUUUCUGGGAGGCGAUGCUCAUGGCGUCCUCACAGGACGCCGUCAUCCAGGAGCUGUUGUUCCGCCUGUCGUCCGUUUACAUCGACCGUCUGACCAACUCGGACACACACUCCAGUCUGACUCAAACCACUCCAAGACGCAGGUCGCUGAAGAGCGCCGACGAUCUGAUCAGCUCCUGCUCUCACUACGGCGCUCUGUACCCGUGGCUCACUCUUCUCAGUGCUGCUCACACUACCAGCCCACAACACCAGGAGGCGCUGCACAAACUGCAGUCUCUGCUGUGUGGUCCGUCGCUCUCCGUGGGGUCCGUGGUGCCGCUGUUGGAGCGCCUGUCGGAGGAAACCAUGUGGGGCUUCAGCCUGCACCUCCUCUGCACCACCCGGAGGGGGCAGUACGGCAGCAGCAUCGAGAAGCUGCUGGACCGGUGUCCCCAGGCCAUCAUCGCUUUCGCCAAUCACCAGUUACAAGACGAACACAUGCCGUUAUGGUGGCAGAAGCUGCUCCCAGAGCUUUGUAAACGCACCAGAGCUUCCCCGGAUAACAGCAUCCUAUUAGCUGCCCUCAAAGAGACGCUGGUGGUGGUUGCCAUGGAGAUGAGCCCAGCAGAGUUCCUGGAGCUCAUACCCGACGACGGCGCGGCUUCCUACUUCCUGCCUCACCUCAUGACUUGCACUCAGAGACACCUGCUCGCCAACUGAGCACUUUUAAAUUGUAUUUAUUGUUUUUCGUCUUACUGAGCAACUUGAUGUUGAUUUUACCCAGAGGGCCAUCCGGCGUGAUUCAGCUUCCACUGACCUCAGGCAAUCAUUUUAUUCAUUUUAUUAAAGCGUCAUGACAAUAAAGAAACAAACCAUG